GAGAGCGAGCGCCUCGCGCGCCCGCGCAUUCUCUAGGCCCGGGCCGGCGCUUGCGCACGAGCUUCACCGGGCGCGAGGGCCGCGGGGUUAUUAGAGGUCGGGCCGGGCCCGGCCGGCUCCGCGAGCGCCUGGCCGACUGAGGGAGAGAGAAAGGGGAGGAGGAGGAUUCAGGGAGUAGGAGCUGGGGAGCCCUUCUGCGCCACAGAACAUUUCUAAUAACUUGGUGAAGAUAGAAAAACUGUCAGACUGUAGUAUUCCUACACUGUAGUUACUUUUGGUGACACUGUCCAGUUCCCAUAAUGUAUCAUUCCUUAUCUGAAACUAGACAUCCUCUGCAGCUGGAAGAACAAGAAGUAGGCAUUGAUCCCUUGUCCGUUUACUCAAACAAGUCUGGAAGAGAUUCAAAUAAAAAUGGAAGAAGAGUAAGUUCUACCUUAGACUCUGAAGGGACUUUUAAUUCAUAUAGGAAAGAAUGGGAAGAACUAUUUGUAAACAACAAUUACUUGGCAACAAUAAGGCAGAAGGGGAUUAAUGGGCAGCUGAGAAGCAGCAGGUUCCGCAGCAUUUGCUGGAAGCUGUUUCUUUGUGUUCUUCCUCAAGAUAAAAGUCAGUGGAUAAGUAAAAUUAAAGAAUUAAGAUCAUGGUAUAGCAACAUUAAAGAGAUACGUAUCACAAACCCCAGGAAGGUCGUUGGCCAGCAUGAUUUGAUGAUCAACAAUCCCCUUUCACAGGAUGAAGGGAGUCUUUGGAACAAAUUUUUCCAAGAUAAAGAACUUCGAUCAAUGAUUGAACAAGAUGUCAAAAGAACGUUUCCUGAAAUGCAGUUUUUCCAACAAGAAAAUGUGAGAAAAAUUCUUACAGAUGUUCUUUUCUGUUAUGCUAGAGAAAACGAGCAGUUACUUUAUAAACAGGGAAUGCAUGAGUUGUUAGCACCUAUAGUCUUUAUCCUUCACUGUGACCACCAAGCUUUUCUGCAUGCCAGUGAGUCUGCACAGCCCAGUGAGGAAAUGAAAACUCUCUUGAACCCUGAGUAUCUGGAACACGAUGCCUAUGCAAUGUUCUCACAACUGAUGGAAACUGCUGAACCUUGGUUUUCUACUUUUGAACAUGAUACUCAAAAGGGGAAAGAAACUCUGAUGACUCCCAUUCCCUUUGCUAGACCACAGGACUUAGGACCAACAAUUGCUAUUGUUACUAAAGUCAACCAGAUCCAGGAUCAUCUACUGAAGAAGCAUGAUAUUGAGCUCUAUAUGCACUUGAACAGACUAGAAAUUGCUCCACAGAUAUAUGGAUUACGGUGGGUACGCCUACUGUUUGGAAGAGAAUUCCCUCUGCAAGAUCUGCUGGUGGUUUGGGAUGCCUUGUUUGCAGAUGGCCUUAACUUGAGUUUAGUUGACUAUGUCUUCAUAGCCAUGCUACUCUACAUCCGAGAUGCUUUGAUCUCUAGUAACUACCAGACCUGUCUUGGCCUUCUGAUGCAUUACCCAGUCAUCGGGGAUAUACACUCACUGAUUCUUAAGGCUCUGUUCCUUAGAGACCCAAAGCUAGCCUGCCUUCUUCAUCAUGGGAAGAUACAACAAGAAGACACCAUCUAUGAACCAAGAAAUGGACCCUUACCAGACAUCAGAUCUAGAAAUCCAAGACCAGUGGCUUAUCAGUUCCAUCCCAAUUUAGAUUAUUACAAAGCGCGGGGCGCAGACCUUCUGGACAAAAGCCGGACCAACCCCAAAGGCACUCCCCUGAAUAUAAAUAAGGUAUCUAAUAGCCUGAUUAAUUUUGGAAGAAAGCUGAUUUCCCCAGCAAUGACCCCAGGCAGCGUGGGUGGCCCUAUACCCGGGGACAACAGCGGCUCUUCCUCUGCUGUGAUUCCCACCAAGACCUCCACAGAAGCCCCAAGGCAUCAGCAACAGCAACAGCAGCAACAGCAGCAACAGCAGCAACAGCAGCAGCAGAGGCUAAUGAAAUCUGAAAGCAUGCCAGUGCAAUUGAACAAAGGACAAAGUUCUAAAAACAUCAGUUCAUCUCCAAGCAUUGAAAGUUUGCCUGGGGGAAGAGAAUUUAUGGGCUCUCCACCUUCAUCUGCUACUAAAAAAGAUUCUUUUUUUAGCAACAUCUCACGUUCCCGCUCCCAUAGCAAAACUAUGGGCAGAAAAGAAUCUGAAGAAGAAUUAGAAGCCCAAAUUUCCUUCCUUCAAGGACAGUUGAAUGACCUGGCUGCCAUGUGCAAAUACUGUGCUAAGGUGAUGGACACUCAUCUUGUAAAUAUCCAAGAUGUGAUUUUACAAGAAAAUUUGGAAAAAGAAGACCAAAUUCUGGUGUCCCUGGCAGGAUUAAAACAGAUCAAAGACAUUCUGAAAGGUUCCCUGCGUUUCAAUCAGAGCCAGCUGGAGGCCGAGGAGAAUGAGCAGAUCACCAUUGCAGAUGACCACUAUUGCUCCAGCGGCCAGGGACACAGCAGCCAAGUUUCUGGGGCCACCAAACAGGCCUCUUCAGAAACAACAGGGUGCAAAGACAGAGGGAGUUCAGAUGACUUCAUCUUGGUUUCCAAGGAAGAUGAGGGGAGCACUGCCAGGGGGCCAUUCUCAAGCCAGGCCCAGCCUCUUUGCAACCUCAGAAGCGCAUCUGGGAAAAACCAGGCCCCAGCCUGCUCCCCACUGGUGUUCUCAGACCCACUGAUGAGUCCAGCUUCAGCUUCCUCCAGCAACCCCAGCUCCAGCCCUGAUGAUGACAGCAGCAAGGACUCUGGCUUCACCAUUGUAAGCCCCUUGGACAUUUGACCACAAGGACCCAGCCAUCCCCUCAGUGGCCUUAAGGCUUUUCCAACAGAGACGCAUCUGAUAUCAGCACUUCUUUCCCAGCAUGUGUUUGGCAGUGGUACAUCCUUUGGAACCCUUUGCAAGAAGCAAAUAUGGCCACAAAGCACACAGAGCAAUUAUGUUCACCAAAAUGCAAGCAGAGCUUUCUGGGUCCUCACUUGACGUGCACAUUGCCCUUGCUCUGAAUUAGAGCUGGAUUAAGUACACAGCACCACACUCACUGUCAGAAAAGAUAACACCACACUCAGAAUUACUCUUCCUCUGUUCCCUCCUCCCCCAACUAAGAGGGUCCAAUCACCCCAUCAGUUAUACUUAGGAGGAAGAGAAGUUGGCUUCAAAUCUUCCCCUCCCUCAACAUCAGCCACAGAAAACUUGGUCGAUAUCAGGAAAAAAUUACUCAGUGAAAGUCUGUCUCAACCUACUUCAUCCCUAUCUUGGGAAGCCAUAUAGUAGAACCAAGUGCAAUAGAAUCACCUAGAGAGUGGAUUCCAGGGCUAGGGAAAACCUGUUACUGACUUCUCAGUUAUAAUGAUCUUUAGAAAAAGGGUCUAAACUUAGGAAUCAUACUUAGGUAUGAUGUGGUAUUAUAUUCUUUUCAUUUGUUAAAGAAUACAUUUAAAGUCCUGAGGCUUGAAUAUACUUUAACCAUUACUGUUUCUCCAGAAAUAGUUGUAUUUCAUCUUUUAGACUCUUUCCUAUCCAAAAAAAAAAAAGGUCACUUUAAGCCAGUCUUAGCUGCACUGAUUUCAGAAGUUAUAGGAAUAUUAUUAUCCUGAGUUGGAAUAUUAUUAUCUUGAGUUGGAAAAUGUGACCCUGACUUAGAUUAUGGGAUCAACAUCUUUCAGUCAAUUUUCUGGUAAAGCUUCUCUAGUUUCAGAGCUGUAUUUAUCUGUUAACUGGGGAGUCAGGGAAAAUACCCAUGCUGGAGCCCAUCCAUAGCCUUAAGGUAGCAGGGGCAGAGAAUUCGACCUGGAGUCCCUUCUAUAAGAAGCAGGGCUUCCUUGAGAACAUUCCAGGUGCCUAGAGGAUGCAGGGUUUCUACACAGCCCUUUCCCUUUCUAAGAUUCAGUUCAGGACCUGUACUCAGCUGUGAACUCUGUAUCCUGGGCACCAUUUCCAGGAGGUACCUUCCUGAGCUUCAGCACAGAUGACAGGCUCUGCCCUCCUCAGUUGGCAGCUUAGGAAGCCAUGAUGGACACAAAGCAGCAUGAGCCCUUUCUCUCCUUAAAGGAAGAAGACUCUGGAAAGGACACCUCUCCUCACCUCCACCUAGGCAAGCUGCAGGGGGCCAGAGGGUUGCUUACCAACACAGGGCACAUUUCACCUCAGGGAGGACUGGCUCUCUAGGUCUCUGAGCAGUGGCAGCUUUGUGAUAACUGUAAAUGAAAGCUAAGCAUGAAAGUGUUUGUACCCACCCACGGCUCACCAUGUAUUUCUCUGAUGACAAGUGUGAUAAUGACAUUUCCCACUCCAGCUACAAGAAAAUGGGAUGACUCUCAAGUCACCCACUGCAAAGUAGGUUCUAAUUGGCUCUAUGGUUUGAUCAUAAACUCUGGCAGAGAAAUCUCUCAGAGCAUCACCAUAUUAAGGCAAAUAACAAUUCUGGUUUUGCCAGCUACCAGGGUUGUCUGGUCUUCCCCAGUUGGGCAUUUGCUUGACAGGUACACUGAUACCUCUCUGGCUUCUGCACCUUUGAGUAAGUUGUUACCAGUACAUGUCCCUGCGACAACUCUUUGUAAGCUCCAGGGUCCCCAUACAGUGAGUGGCUUGCACCAGUGCAAAGGGUGCCACAGUUGCUGUCUCACAAAGGAUUUGCCUGUGGAAGGUGUCUGUGUUCUGUUCUGUGAGGUGUGGAGCUGUCCUGCCAGGAUCCUAGGACAGAAACCAAAGGACCAAGCUGGCUGUCUCAUUACAGCUAGACCACUGUCAUCUGCUCACCGCAGCAUCUCCUUUGCCCUGACAGCUAGUGUAAGAUCUGAGUGUCAGUGGCCACCCACCAGGCCAAGAAGGCUGCAGGCUGGUUCCCUGCCAUUGUCUGGGCAUUUAGUAGUUGCCCCAAAAUUUCCAGCCCUGCACAUAGGCCAGGGGCAGGUCCUCUUCCUUCCUCAUGUGCUUCUGUGUCAGUGCCACGUGAGAACUGAGCUCACUCAGAGGUGUUGCUUCCAGCCCCUCAAUAAGCUCCCCCCUCCUCAGAGGAAAGAAAUAUGAGAGGGCUGGGGCAUGGAUAUACCAGCCCCAGACUCACAGAGUUAGAGCAUCCUAAUGUUUUUGCUAAGUGACUUUUUUAUUCUUUGGUGAGCAUUGUUUGCAUUUUUAUUAGUUACAGUGCUAUUAAAGAGUAUGUGUUCUUUUUUUGUUUUUUAAAUCAGGUACUUAUGUUUCAGUGCACAUUUUUUAAAAUUCUUGAUAUAUGAAGCCUUUUUAAAAACAAAUAUGGUAAUCAAUGGAAUGUCUCAUUUUGAUUAGCAGUUAAAUAACAUACAUUAAGCUUAGAUUAAUUCCCAUUUUCAUCUUUUUUUAUAUACAUGUUCCUAUGUGUUUCAUGCAUUCCACUCAUCAUACUGGAAAUCUGAGUUAAAAUUUACCUGUUAAAUUACACUUGAGAAUUAGUCUACUAGAGAAAGAAAUUUAGUUAUUUUGCCUUAUUCCAUGUGUAUGUCAAAGGGGUCAUAUAACACUUUAAAAAUUUAAUUAUACUGGGUUAUUCUUGCAGAAAUGGCCUCUUAAUAUUCAGUGCUAACUGCAAUCUGGGAAGAAAUAAUAGCACUGCAGAAUGAAUGGGACUCUAAAAAUAACUAGGUCCUCCCUGUGGUUUGCCUUCUCCAGUAUGACUGAGCUAUAUCAGUCCCCGCAGUGCCAAGGCACUGCUGCAGGGGUCUGGGUGCCACCCUUCACAGAAGUACCGCCUUUACUUUACCAUGCUCUCUCCUAAUGAAAACCUGUCUUACCUGAUCCAUGUUUACUUUUUGUUUUUAUUUUAAUGUUUUCCAAGAAACUGCCCCCUGGGGGAGGUCAUUACAGAAUAAGUGUGUGAAGACUUGGGUCUCCAUAUGCUACGGAGCCAGUUCCAUCUGCCCCUGGGUACACGUGCCUGGCCCAGCCUGUAUGUCCAGAGCGGCAAUGGGAAGCCUUGGAGCAGGGUGCAGGGCUGGACUGGGCUGAGGACAGCAGCCAGCAGGCCCAGCUUCCUUCACACAGGUCAAGUUACUUUCUCAGUGUUAACUUCCAAAAGGUCUCUUUAUAGUGUUGGGAAAAAACAAAGUUUGUGUGAAGAGCGUGAAGACCACCUUGAUAUAACCCUUGUCAUAAUGACUUUCCUCACAGUGCCACAAUUCAUUUGAUUUAUGGAAUACUCAGCAGUGCCAUUUAUAUCCUAUCACUUUUUCUCAUCCAUCUUUAUGCUGAAAUUCAUACUGAUCUAAGAAAUGAUUAUCCUUGGCAAAGUGAUCCCAUUCUGUACAGUUAUAAUAAAAAAUAAUGUGAAAUGGA